AUGCAGUCUUACUCACAUCUGUACGAGCCUAUGAGCCACCCAUCGGGUUCCAGCUCUCCACACCCGACGUCGCCUGGUGGCUUCAACGUUCCUUACACCGGCUCUCCUUCUGCUAGUCAUCUUGGCGCCACCGCUUCAGCUUCUAGCAAUAUGGCUCAGAAUCCUCUGUCCUUUGGUACUUUCUACUUCCAACAACCAACCUCUUCCCAGUCCAAUCACGGCCCAUUGGCGAGCCAUCCUCCGCAGCAUCUUGAUUCGUAUUCCAGCACAUCACAUACCCCGCAUCAGCACUUUUCGCCCAGUGCUGACCAUCAUUCCUCCUCGAGCGCUUCCGUCGCUGCUCUCUCCAAUAGCGGUCGUUUGAGCUGGGCCAACUCCCCCGCCGACUCGUAUCACGGCGUAACUUCCAACGCUACUACGCACAGCAGUGGUGCUGAUAGCCACGCCAGCCUUGUCAACAAUAAGUACCCAUGGGAUAUUAAUCCUGCUUCUAUGCGCUCCGACACUGGUCACAUUGGGUCUCCUUACUCUGCCUCGGACUUGCUUCAUCCAGCAACAGCCAGCGCGCUAGGCUUUGACGAUGAUUCAGGCUCUGGAGGCAAUGUUCGUCCUCGUGCUCGUAAACGCACCCGAGCUGAAGAGGAGCCAAGGUCACGUCUCUCGUCGUCGAGCCGCAGCCGCACCCGUCCUCGCAUUCCCAGCGCGCUUUCCAACGCCAACAGCCCCGCAAGCGACUUUCACCACAGCAUCUCGUCCUAUCAUGCCGAUCCAGAGGACACCGAUAUUACCGCUUGGAUCAACGCCGGCGAUGCAGAAGACUUGGGUACUUCUCAUGUAGCCGAUACAGAACACUCUCGUCUCUGGUCGUCCUUUGGUCCUGGCUUUCCCACCGAGGCUUCUCAUGCCAGUCCAUAUCAUGGCUCUGCAACUGCACCAGCGCUACCUGCCUCUCUUUCCAACUCCCGCGCUCAGUCGGUUGUGGGUUCAGAAGAUUUUGCAUACCAUGCCUCUCCUGCUAUACACUCCGGCUCCACCAACCUUGGCCUUAGCGUCUCGCUCCACGAUCACGAUGCCGUUGAUGUCAAACCAGGAUCCGCACAACUCGUGCAGGACGACUCGGCUCCCGCAGAAGAUGAGCCGCUCUACGUCAAUGCCAAGCAGUAUCAGCGCAUUCUCAAGAGGAGAGCCACACGCGCCAGGAUCGAAGAGCAAAGGAAAAAGGAUUUCCUUGCUUACAUGCAGACUCGCGACAAGGCCCGCAAGGAGGGCAAUGGUCUCGAUGAAGACGGCAAGAAGCCCUACCUUCACGAGAGUAGGCACAGGCAUGCCGUCAGGAGGCCAAGAGGUCCUGGAGGAAGGUUUCUUACAAAAGCCGAAAUGGCUCAAUCCGCCGCUUCAGCUUCCUAG